AUGAACACAAUUAAGGCUGUCAUAUUGGGCAUUCCUUCAAGGCAGUUAGAAACAGUUUUCGCAUUCAUUUCAAGUGCCGAUUAUGGCGUUUUAAGUAAAGAAGACAGCAACAAAAUGCAAAAAAUUCUAAAAAAUUAUAAGAUGCUUACUUCCCCCCUACGCGAGUGAACAAAACCAUUAGAAAAAUCGCUAUUUUUGCCCAAAAACCCACCCUCCGCUAGUGAACAAAAAUUUUUUUAAUAUAUGGAGAAAAAAUUUGAUAUAUAAGUGAUAAUUAGUAUAAUUAAAUCUCGGGCUAAUUCUGUUUAAUUUAAAAGAAUUUGCGUUUUAUAACAUAAAUUUUACAAAUUAAAUUAAUAUUUGCUUUCUAAUUUUUAUAGAAGUGAGAUUUUUUUAAAUUUCGAAAAUAAAAUAUUUAUAUAUAAUUUUUUUUUUUAAAAAAAAUUUAAACCCCUCUCCGUGUGUGAACAAAAUUUUUUUUAUUAACUCACGGAGGGGCUAGAUUUGCAAGUCUACCCAUCUCAUUGUGAGCUGGAUAUUUUAUUUUAUUUUUUUUUACUUUUUACCUCUAUAAUUUUUCACAUUUCCCAAUUUCUAUAAAAUAUAGGAAUUUUCUAUUAAAAUGAAUAUUUAUUUCAUAAUAUAAUGUUUAUUCCAAUUCCUGUUGAUCUUACUCAUCCCUGCUUUCAAGAAUAG